CGCUAGCCAUCCUUUUCAUCAUAAUUGUGGUGCUUCUUCUUCAAAGGGGAGAAAGGAAUGGGUUGGCCGCCGCGGUUCGUUCAAUGUCAGUGCUCAUGAAGUUCCCAGUGGUCCAAACCCUAUUUCGAAUAGAGAGCCUGGAAUUCUUGACUUGAGCUUACACUGGAAAUGUUACUGGACAGUGACCCUUGUCACCCUUCUACCAAAGGGAGUGACGAUAUUGAUAUUGACUGGAGUUCGGAAGAUGAUCAAGAAAUUCAGGAUUCAAACUGUAGAGUGACUGCUUCUAGUUAUGAGGAGGCAUGCCCAGCAUCAACGCCUCACUCUUCGGAUCUGAUUCAAAAUUUUGUUGGGAUGGGGUUUCCAAGAGAGCUAGUUGCAAAGGCAAUCGAACAAAAUGGAGAUAACUCUGAAUCUAUUCUGGAAACUCUUUUGACAUAUUCGGUUCUUGAUAUUCCUUUUAAGGAGACACCUUGUGAUAUCUCUCUUCAAAACCAGCAAUGUUUCAACAAUGAAGGGAGUUCUUCAGGAAACAAUGAUAACUUUGGGGAUGACUUGUCUGACACCUAUAGUUGGUCUGAGGAUGAUGAGGUUGGAAAUUUUAUUUGAGAAACUCAAACGAUUCCAAGAAGUUCAAUUGAAGGACUUCAACCUUAAGCUCCAAUUUAAGAAGCUCAAAAAAGAAGUGUGAUUGAAGAACUUUAACCCCAAGCUCCAAUUCAAAAAGUUGAAACAAGAAGUUUUGUUCAAGAAUUUUAACCCCAAGCUCCAAUUCAAGAAGUUCAAACAAGAGGUUCCAUUAUUGAAGAAGUUCCACCCAAGCUCCAAUUCAAGAAAAUCUAAUUGAAUUU